GGUUCGGAAUUGCAAUGCACGCACCACUGCCGAGCCUCGUUCCCGGAAGUUCGGGUCCCACUUACAGUCGGAAGGAACUUGCGUUAGGCAUAUUUGAAGCUUGAAGGUGCGCCCGUGUGCCAUCUUUCUCUUAUCGAUCUUAUCCUUCGUCCCCGCUACUUACAGGCUUGCCUCGUUUUUACCGAUACUCUUCAAGACUCUCAUGGUGUAUGCUUUACGAUGUGGCGUGCUUAUCUCUCUACGUAGGAUUGGUGUUCUACGACAACAUUUCUCAUCGACCAGUCGGAGGCUCCUGUCGACCUCACCCGCACCGCCGACAUCGCGGUGGGAAUAUAUCUGCAAACGCCGGGCGCUGCUCUUGACUGGUGUCAUAUCCGGCUCAGCUGUAAUCGGUGUGUGGGCAGACGCGAAGUCGUGCCCUGACCCGUCAUUCGAACUUUCCUUUCGCCCUGCCUCAUCACCAGAAACGUCGAUCUCCAUAGCCCAGGCCCAGUCCACGGACCUAAUUCCCUUGCUACGCACAUACGUCGUAUACAGUCUCAUUUCGAUACCCUUCCUUGUGGACCAUACCUCACAGAUUCUUGACCAUCUGCUUCGGGUUCCUUUGGUAGGACGUGUCGUAGAAACAAUCGUGCGCGGGACUUUCUUCGCUCAGUACGUGGGCGGAGAGACAGUACAGGAUAUCUUGCCACUCAUUCGAGGUUUACGGUACGAAAACAAGGGUAUGCUGUUGGGGUACAGCGUAGAGGUCGACGAGAAUGUAGCAACGGGAAGCACCGGUCACGGUACCCCCAAGAGCCAGCGGUCACACAAAGAUGCCUCUAGUUCAGAACAACCCGUUCACAAACGUAUCGUGGAAGAGAUUAUCCAUAGCAUCGAUACGGUGGGCGAAUUUGAAGAUCGUCUUGCCUACGAGUCAGGGAUUGAGGGGCGUGGAACAUGGAUUGCCGUGAAACUCACCGCUCUUCUGCCUCGUGCAGAGUCGCUUCGCAACUUCUCCUUGCACCUCGUUAACACGCGACCAGAACCACCAGACUCCGUGCCGUUCCCCGGAACUCCAAGCUCAUCAGAUCUUGCUAUCUUAGAUAGGCAAUCACGUAGCCACCCGAAGUCUCCCUUGAGGGAGGAAGACGUUAGAGAUCUACAAGAACUGUACGCCAAUCUGAGAAGAAUCUGUUUGCGUGCGAAGGAACGAAGAAUUAAGAUUGUGAUUGAUGCCGAGUAUACCUGGUAUCAACCGGCGAUAGAUGCCUUUGGUCACGCACUGAUGGAACAGUUCAACAAACUUCCUGAGAAUUUCUGGACGAAGUGGUUGUUCUCUGGCUCUAGUUCUCAAAGAGGACCACAGCCCUUAGUUUAUAUGACGUAUCAAGCCUAUCUUCGGAGGACGCCAGCUCAUCUUGCUCAUUCGAUUGCACUCUCACGUAAGAGGGGAUACGCUUUAGGAGUCAAGCUUGUCCGUGGUGCAUACCACCCACACGAAAUAGCGUCACAUAUCCGCUCGUUACACACGAUGUCCAUAUCGACUGACCUAGAUCCCCCUGUAUACUCUUCUAAGGUAGAGACGGAUGCAUGCUACAACACUUGUGUUUCGGUAAUCGUGCGUGCGAUCGCCGAUGACAUCGGGUCUUCACCCGCGCAGCUGCCCCGUCUCGGUGUUGUAUUUGGGACACACAAUUGGGGAUCUUCAGAGUUGGUUCUUCAUGAAUUAGUCAAGAACGGAUUGGCACGUGAAGAAGGCGGGGUGAAUGAGCCGCGGUCGGUUGUUAUCCCUCGAGAAGUUGCGGAAAGAUGCACGUUUGCUCAGCUUUACGGUAUGGCAAAUUCGUUGACCAAUCAUAUCGUUGCACGUACCAGGAGCCCUAUACCCUUCGUAUUGAAGUACACGCCAUACGGGGCGCUCGGCGAGGUCAUGCCUUACCUCUCCCGGCGCGCAACUGAGAAUAAGUCUGUUCUGGGAAAUGGUGGAGCUACGCGUGAAAGGAAAGAAGCUGCAUUAGUGAUUUGGAAGAAGCUUUUUGGUAGCGUGGGGCUGUGAGCUUCUUAGUGAACCAUUUAGACACUUUAUAAGGCAAUAUUCCCGUCGUGGAGUGCUCUGACGCUGCAGACUAUCUUCUUGAUUGGACUAUCGGCCGAGCUUAUGAAUCGGUAGGCUGUCUUGACUGUAGCUGUGCUUAGUUUCUGUAGCUGGCUCCCCUUAGCACUGCGAUGUCAUUUGCCGGUAUUCAAGAAUCGACCUUCGUUGCCGCACAAUCGUGCUGAGCUAGAUACUUG